CUAGGUAGGUACAUACAUGUAUGCAUAUUCGCAUGUGACAAUUUAAAGACGAAAAGGUUGAAACCUUGAACUUUGAAGUGAUAAAAAAAGAGAGCUCAAAAAAGAAGAUUGAACAUUGAAAUAUUGAAACAUUGAAACAUUGAAACAUUGAAUCUCUGACGAAUUAGAUAAAGAUGCGGGGCAAAAAAUGCCGGGGCUAACAUGGGGGAUAAACACCGACCUCGUGCUAGAUGGAGAUCGACUUGACAAGUUGCUCUCUUGUGAUGCAAUCGGACCUCGGCUUCGAACCCCUUCGUUCCCUACCUUCGGCUUCGUCAUUCCAACAAUGUACAAAUUCUACAUACACUAUGUACUUCAAAUGAAUCCUUUUCUUCUUUUUUAUCUCUUUACAUCUUAUUCCUAAACUUUAUUAUCAUCCAACUUGUAAUCCUAUCUACUAGUUCUACUUCUUUUCCUAAUUCUACUCUUAGUCUUGAUUAUCCUCAGCUAUCUACAAGAUAGACAGACACCAAGUCGGAAAUGUCAUCACCGAAACCCGCCCUACCGCAGAAUGACAAUGUCGCGCACGCCCUCGCCGGCGCCGGCGGAGGAAUCCUUUCUAUGGUCUUGACCUACCCCCUCAUCACCCUCUCAACACGCGCCCAAGUAGAAUCGAAACGAGCCGAGACGCCCUUCCUCGCCGCGGUACGGCAGAUAGUGGCACGCGAAGGCGUAGCAGGCUUGUACGCGGGGCUCGACAGCGCUGUCUUCGGCAUUAGCGUGACCAACUUCGUGUACUACUACUGGUACGAAUGGACGCGGGGGUCUUUUGAGACUGCGGCCAUCCGCGCCGGCCGCGCCUCGAAGAAGCUGACCACCAUCGAGGCCAUUAUUGCCGGCGCCAUCGCCGGCUCCGCGACCGUCAUCUUGACGAACCCCAUUUGGGUGGUGAACACGCGCAUGACGACGCGCAAGGGCCAAGUUGAGAAAGAGAAGGAGGGGAAAGAUUUACAAGCCAGCUCCACCGAAGUAGCCAGUAGCAGCACCAGUAGCAGCGCGACCGCCGUGAGCAGCAGCUUUGCCCCGGAGAGCAAGAAGAAGCCCACUACCAUCAGCACCCUUAUGGCGCUACUCCGGGACGAAGGUCCCCAAGCCCUUUUCCGGGGCGUCGUGCCCGCCCUCGUCCUCGUCAUCAACCCGAUCCUGCAGUAUACGCUCUUCGAACAACUUAAGAACGCGUACGAGCGACGGCGCAAGCACAACGUCCCACCUUCCGUCGCCUUCUUCCUCGGCGCGAUAGGCAAGCUGUUCGCGACGUCCAUCACGUACCCCUACAUCACUGUUAAGAGCCAGAUGCACGUUGCCGACGACGAAGGCCAAGGACGAAAGCGCGAGGGCAUGACGGCGGCCAUUCGACGUGUUGUGCGGGAAGAGGGGUAUGCUGGGUUGUAUAAGGGAAUCGGACCUAAGGUCACCCAGAGCGUCCUUACAGCCGCCUUCCUAUUCGCCUUCAAGGACGUGCUAUACGAGCAAACCAUCAAGCUUCGAGGCAACAUGGCCAGAAAAGCGCUCAAGGCAUAAGGGGGUUCUCCCUUCUACUGUGCGGGAACCAGCACGCAAUAAGCCGUGUUGGGGUCCCUGGAAAUAAAUUGUAUAUAUUAUAAUCCCCCCCUUUUUUUCAUCUGGGGAGACGCGCCUGGGGGCAAAUUUAUCGUCUCUUGGCGUGUAUCGCGGUUUGUUCCAUCUGUAUCUAGGCACCUACCUAACCUAGGUAUCUAUCAUUAAAAGAAGGGUACUCGGGGUUGGGGGAAAUGGUUACCGGAUUUUCUUAUUAUUAUUCGUUUGUGUGGUGGAGUUGUAAGAAGCAAGAAUCCCAAAGUACCUAGGUGUGUAUGAUGAGUAAUAGUAGCAACGGGGACAGGAUGUGGAAGGCUAUGUUAAGUUCUCAUGUAAUAACACCCAGUGGGGUAUAUGGGUUCUACGAGGAGAACUAGGAGAUACCCCUGAAUCGAGAAAAAGAAUGUUUUAAAUGCACAUGGCACUU